CUUGAUCGCGGCGUCUUGGCUACCGCUGCAAAGGAAGGACACAAUACCUUUUCACAGCGAGGAGGACCUCUCGUUGUGUCCGAGCUGAAAGCAGAUGCCGGAGCUCGUGUGGAUCGCGCAGAUGUGGAGCAAACAGCGGAAAGCGUGUCGGAGAUAAUGGCAGCGGCCCCCGCCGGACCAUGGGUCGGACGGAGCUGCCCCUGCCGCUGCUGCUGCCUCUGCUCGGGCUGCUGUGGCUCCGCUGCGCUCUGCUCUGUGCAGGCUGCAGUGAGCAGGUGGAGAUCCAUACAGAGCGGAGGGGUGUGAUCUACAGCCCGUCCUGGCCUUUAAACUACCCACCUGGGGUCAACUGCACCUGGCAUAUUCAGGGAGGUCAAGGAGAAGUUAUUACCAUCAGUUUCCGUAACUUUGACCUGGCGGAGUCAGGAAAAUGCACGGGGGACUGGCUCCUGCUGACACCCACGUGGAAGGGAGAAUCCAGGCUGUGUGGCUCGGUCCUGCCGCCUCCCUACAUCUCCACCAGGGGGCGUGUUUGGCUCUUCUUCCACUCUCAAGCCAACAGCUCUGGGCAGGCCCAGGGCUUUCGGCUCUCUUACAUCAGAGGUCACCUGGGUCAGAGCAGCUGUCAGUCCGAUGAGUUCCUGUGUGGGAAUGGGAAGUGUCUUCCUCGCUCCUGGAAGUGCAACGGUCAGGAUGAAUGUGGCGAUGCCUCGGAUGAACGCAGCUGUUCGCCACCUCCCACUGAGGCGCAGCCUGGCCUCUGUCCCUUUGGCUCCCUGCCGUGCACCGAGGCCCAGUCCACCCGCUGCCUGCCUGCCGCCCUGCGCUGCAACGGAGCCCGGGACUGCCACGAUGGAACUGACGAACUGGGUUGCCCUGACACUACAUGUGGCAAACAUCUGGGGAACUUUUAUGGCUCGUUUGCCUCUCCAGAUUUUUUCCGUGCAAACCGGAGCGGUGAGACUGAGCUGAGGUGCUCCUGGUUGCUGGACACUCAGGACCCUAAGCCCAUUGUUCUGCAGCUGGACCUGCAACUGGGGCCUGGAGAUUUGCUGCAUGUGUACGACGGCCUGCUGCAGCGUGCAGAGCAUCUCUUACAGGUGUUGUCAUAUCACAACAACAGGCGGCCAGCGCUGCUGGAGUCGAGCCGGGGACAGAUGAGUGUCUUGUACGUGGCCCAGCCUCACAGUCCGGGUCAUGGUUUCAAUGCUACAUACCAGGUCAAAGGUUACUGUUUUCCUGGUGAGCGUCCCUGUGGUAGUGAUCAGGGCUGCUACUCUGAGCGCCAACGCUGUGACGGUUACUGGCACUGCCCAUCCGGGCGGGAUGAGGAGGCCUGUCCGAUGUGCCCAGAUGGAGAGUUCCCCUGCGAGGGUGGCACAGGAAUGUGUUACCCAGCCUCUGAGCGCUGCAACAACCAGAAGAGGUGUCCAGAUGGAUCGGAUGAGAAGAACUGCUACGACUGCCAACCCGGGAACUUCCACUGUGGGACUAACCUGUGCAUUUUUGAGACAUGGCGCUGUGACGGACAGGAGGACUGUUUAGAUGGAAGCGAUGAGAGGGACUGCUUGGCAGCAGUGCCCAGGAAAGUAAUCACGGCCGCCCUGAUUGGCAGUCUGGUCUGCAGUCUCCUGUUGGUUAUUGCUCUUGGCUGUGCCCUCAAACUUCAUUCCCUCAGGAACAGAGAGUACAGAGCCUUUGAGACGCAGAUGACUCGCAUGGAGGCCGACUUCGUUCAGAGGGAGGCUCCUCCUUCAUAUGGUCAGUUAAUAGCCCAGGGUCUCAUCCCUCCGGUGGAGGAUUUUCCUGUAUACAACCCCACCCAGGCUUCAGUGCUGCAGAAUCUGCGGUUGGCGAUGCGCAGACAGAUAAGGCGUCACUCAACUCGCCGCUCCACCUCCUCUUCCUCUAGACGGCGUCUCGGGCAUCUGUGGAACCGACUGUUCCACAGUGCAGGACGUGCCAGAGGCCACGCCCCACUCCUGGAUCCGCCUGGACCCACACAGAUCACCCUAGGGCUCCACAGCUACCGGACUGUUGGGGAGCAGGGCCCUCAGGACAGGGCCAUGUCUGGAGGUGUGCCGGGGGAUGAGUCGGAUGUAGUAGGCAUGGACUUGGCAGAGAGCCCUGCAUCACCUCUCUCCUUUCAUUCAAUAGACAGUCCUGAGGAGGAAGAGGACCAGUCACCUGCCAGCAGAGAUGGCAGCGGGGCUCCAGAGUCUGCGCCUCCCACUCCUUGCCAGAGUGACUCCUCAGUACAAAGCGGACUUCCUCUCUCCCCCGAGGAAGCCUCUGUACCCCCAUGUCACCGCCGGGCAUCUAGAAAAUUGGUUCUGGAGCUUGCAGUUAACCUGAAGGGCGUUUCCUUAAGACGUUACUCCCCGUUAGGACCCCUGUCCCCUAUUUCACCCCCUGUGUUUCCCAGCAGCUCUCAGACACCAUCAUCCCAACCUCAUCCACUGGGUUCAGUGGUGACUUCACCCGCUGAGCCCUCAUCUUCCUCUGUGAAACCAGAGGACGGUGACAGCCACUUUACUGUGAAUGUGCCAAGCAGGGAAACGAGAAGCAGGGAUGAGACCAAGCGAGAGGCAAAAAGCAGCCUGUGCAGGUUUAACAGAAGCAUCAGUGCAGAGGGAGGAGAUUCAGGAAGGGAGACGCUGUGCUGAAAAGUUUAGGAAGAUGCUCUCCACACUGUUAAGACCAGGCAUUUGCAAUAUCUGCUCUGAUAAAGUGUCCUUGAGAUGCGACUCCACCAGAUUCACAGGUGAGAACCUGUACUUCAGCCUCUCACUUAUAUAGGAGGACGUAUAGUAAGAAACUCAAUAAAUAUCACUCAGUUUAAUUAUUUGAAUGCAUAAAAUGUGCAUUUGCACAAAAUUAUGCACAUUCAUACUUUUUCCAAGAUGAAUAAAACCAGCCUCAGUAGUACUUGCUGUAAAUUUCUUUGUAAAGCUCAUUGCCAGAGCUUAGACUCCUUCAGUUAAAUGCAGAUAGCCCCAGUUAGCCUGUUAUGAUAUUUAUCCUGAAUCUGGUCCAGAAAAUGAAAUUCAGUUUUGGCUACAAGCACCAAUACAACCCACUAAAUGUAUCUGAAAUGCCAAAACAGCCUUUAUGUCUUUUACCCAAAGCCAUUAUGCACCGUUAUAUACUGUGAGCCAUACGAGCCUCAUGAGUGAACACACACAAAUUGAUCUGAUCGAUCCUCGAGUCUGUCUUGUUCCCUUUAUUGUUUAUGUUGGUUGUUACCAGGGUUGUAAUAGUUUUGGAUUUUACAUUAUCGUUUAGUUUCAGUU